ACGUUCUACAAGAAGUGCUUCACAAAGUAACGAUUAGUCUUAACAUUAACAAUUUAGCGACUGAACACUUAAGUCUUUAAAUUUUUAAAUAUCAAUAUUAAAAUAAAAAAUGAUUUUCAUGUUUAACGUCAUCUUUAUAUCAUCAUGUGUCUCACUGAUAUCAGCUGAUUAUAGUUACAAAAAUGCUGACGAAUGGGCGAAUGAAUAUCCACAAUGCGGUGGUUCACUGCAAUCGCCUAUUGAUGUUUCCUUUGAUCUUAUUGAUGAAUCUGAUUUCGAUUCUGAUCGUAAGCCAUUAAUAUUUGAAAAUAUUUAUGAUACCGUAGCUGAGAGAAUGACAUUGGAGAACGAUGGCCACACAUUAAAACUAUUGUUCCAAUGGCCAAACGACCCGGAAAAGGUACCCUACGUUCAUGGCGGACCUCUUGAAGAUGAAUAUAUAACACAUUCUUACCAAUUCCGUUGGGGAUCUGACAUUAAGAAUGGAAGCGGACAUCAGCUUGGUGGCAAGAGUUAUGCAAUGGAGAUGCAAGCAGUUUACUAUAAUAAAGAAUUUGGUAGUUAUGAAGAAGCUGAAGGCUCUAAAAAUGGACUAGCGAUAUAUUCUUUAUUCUAUAAAUUAGGAAAAGAAUUUGAUUUCUUAACAAAAAUCAUUGAGAAAAUGCCCGAAGUUUUUGAACCGGGAACUUCCACAGAUAUCGAACCAUUCGCAUUGGGUGACUAUUUUGAUAAGAAUAGACCUUCCACUUAUAUAGUUUACCCUGGAUCUUUGCCACAUCCACCAUGUACUGAGCCAAUCAAUUGGAUUAUAUCUGAAAGAAUAAUUGAAGUCUCAAAAGAACAAGUAAGAGCAUUCCAACAGUUGAAACUUCUGAAUGAUGACGACCACAACAAUCGACCUCUACAACCUAUCAAUGGUCGCAUAGGUCAUUAUGCUGAAAAUCCUAGUGCUUAUAAAUUAGCAAAUCCAUGAAGAUAUAACGAUAAUAUUUUUAAUGUUAUGUAAAUUAUUUUGUUUUUGAAUCUCUAAUAAAGAAAUUAUCAAGCUUAGUUAGCUUGAUAUACUGCAUCUAAA